GUUACAUUACUAAGACAUGGAUUCCCAUAUUUCUAAAGAAAAGCUGAGAAGUAAGAUUGGAACAGAUUAUUUCGGAAGAAAAACAUUAAAUCUGUCAGAGUGGGAUUUGCUGGAACUGCCUGAAGCGGUGCUGGAAUUAACUGAGUUGGACGAACUUGACCUGUCACGGAAUAAACUUAAAACAAUACCUGAAAAUGUUGGAAAACUAAAUAAUAUUACGGUACUUGAUGUAAGCGGAAACAAGCUGUCCAUAUUCCCUGCAAGUUUGACACAGCUGAAAAAACUCUACUGUCUGGACAUCUCACGUAACAAACUAACCACCAUCCCUGAUGCUAUUGGUGAGAUGGUGGCACUGGUGGGACUGGAUCUGAGUAACAACCAGUUGACUGUGUUGAGUCCAGCUAUAACACAGCUGAAGAAACUCGAACGGCUGCACAUCUCACAUAACAAACUAACCACCAUCUCUGAUGCUAUUGGUGAGAUGGUGGCACUGGAGAGACUGGAUCUGAGUUACAACCAGUUGACUGUGUUGAGUCCAGCUAUAACACAGCUGAAGAAACUCAAAUGGCUGAACAUCUCACAUAACAAACUAACCACCAUCUCUGAUGCUAUUGGUGAGAUGGUGGCACUGGAGGGACUGGAUCUGAGUUACAACCAGUUGACUGUGUUAAAUCCAGCCAUAAAUCAGCUGAAGAAACUCAAAUCGUUGUUUGUAAAUGGGAAUCCUUUUACAGUUGAAGGAAUGAGAAGUGUUGCGGAGCUAGAAGAUAGAGGAAUAAUUGACCGAGUAUAUUCAGAUCUCCAAGGCCCAAUGAGAGAGAGACUUAAAGCACAGCUGGCUUAUGAAAGGGCUUUGCAAGAUGGAUAUGUCAUGGUUUACCGUGGCAGAAUAUUACUCAUUGGUCAGGAUCGAGCAGGUAAAACCAGUUUAAAGAAGAGUCUGCUAGGCCUUCCAUUUGACUCUGAAGAACAGAGCACUGAGGGGAUUGAAGUGGAUCCUUCAAAGUGUGAAAUUGAUGUUGACCAAGCUGCAAGGAACUGGCAGUCCAUUGGUGAGAAUAAACCAGGACUAUUGGAAUGUUCUAAAGAUGUGGCAAAGAUUGUUGCAGAGAAACUUUUUACUCAAGAAGAUCAUCAUGCUAGAAAAAUGUCUAUGCAGCAAGAAAAGCUGAGACAAAAAGACUCAGAUAAAAGUUCAAAAGAAGAUUUUGAAAAAGAUUCAGCCCACAUAUCACCUGCAGAUUUUGAAAAGGGAUCUUUAGGUAGUUACAAACAUGGCAAAAAAAAGGUUGAGGAUAAAGGAGAUUACCCAUCAAUAGAUGCUAUGGACAACAUUAGCAUUGAACACUCAAUGGACUGCAUUUUAGAGGAGCCCGAGGUAAUUAUUGAUGUUGCUCAACCCCCUGAUACUGAGAAGCAUGUUCAUCAGUGGUUGGAGUAUCUCAAAGGCAAAGACAUCAAAAGUGGUUUAUUCCAAGAAGAAUCCUAUUACACUAUGGAUUUAUGGGACUUUGCAGGGCAGCACCUGUACUAUGCCAGCCAUCCUAUCUUCUUAUCACAGCGAGCACUGUACAUAUUGGUGCACAAUCUCAGCAAGCCUUUGGAUGUUACAGCUGAGCCCUGCAUGAGACAAGGUAGUAAUGAUGUGAAAUUGGAAAACCCUAGCAAUGAAACAAACAUGGAGAAUUUGCUGUCAUGGCUGGCUACAGUACACAGUGUUGCCCUGGCAACUGAUGACCCAGAUGAUGAUGCACAACAUAAGCUGCCCUACCUUCGCCCCCCAGUGUUUAUUGUUGGAACACAUGCUGACAAACCAGUUGAAGACAUAGCAAUAAUAAAGAAACAAAUACAGGAGAGAAUUUCUGGUAUGGAAUAUGAGAAGCAUGUGGUCAGACCCUUAUUCUGCAUUGACAACACUCAGAGACCAAACUUGAUCAAGAAAUUUAUCCAGAAGUUUCAAAAGCUGAGAGGAAAACAUAAAACAGGUAAGAUAUUUGAUGUCAUAUUGUAUCCUUGACAAUGUGUUAC